AUGAUAAAGAGAAAAAUUUCUAAAUUUACUCCAUUUGAUCGAGUAUUGGAUGGAUUAGAAUAGGAAGAACUUAUUGAUGAGGAUGUUAAUAUGAAAAUCAUCAAAGUUUACAAUCGAAAGAAAAAUAAUAAAAUGUUUCUUUUAGAAAGGUUGAUCUCAAAUGAAAAGGAACACUUAAAGUACAUAGAUGAAAUUCACAAAUAUGAAAUAAUUAACGCUGAUGGAUUAUUAUGCAUAGACAAAUGGACAUAUGAUAUGUUGAUCGAUUAAAAUUUAAACAAACUAUACAAAUUCAUCUUAGUUUUUGACACCUAUUCACAGAAUUUAAAUCAAUACUUAGAGAAUAUUCAAUCAAAAAAAAUUUAAUUACUAAAAGAGGACAUCGUUGUUUUCUUUAGAGCAAUUAUUUUGUCAAUUAACUAUUUACAAUAGCAAUAAAUUAUAGCAUUUAAUCCAGUAACAAUGUCAUGCAUUUUGAUUUGUUCAGAUUCAUGUAUGAAAUUUAAUUGCAUACCAAUAUUAUUAACUCAACAUGCACUAGAAAAAGCCAAAAAGGAAAGUUUACUUUAUCAAGCGCCUGAAUAAGUUAAGGAUGUUAAAAAUAUUAAUCAUAUUUAUUCCCAAGCAGUCUAUUCUUUAGGACUGAUAUUUAUAUAACUCUUUUUGUUAAAACACAUUGAUCAAUUGAGAAAAUAUGAAGACAUUAAAUUAAGUAUCAAAGAAAUUUAAAUGAAAUACGGAGACACUUAUAAAUCGUAUUUAGAAAGCAUGGUAGAAUAGGAUCCACAUAAAAGAAUUAAAUUAUAAGAGUUAUGCUAAACAUUGUCUAUUCAAGAACCCUAAAAGUAGAUAAAGGACAACUUAAAAAUUACAUUUUCAGAGACUUUUGAGUAUUAUCGGAAAUAAUAUUCUAUCUUGAAUGUACCAGAACCUCGAUCUAUUGCAUAUGGAAUUCCUUGGAGCAGAAAUAUUAUAUAAUCAAACUUAUUUAAUAUGAAAAAUUACUUCCUGGAGUUAUUAGACCUAUUUUAAUCAUAAUAGAUUUCAGAAUAGGCUGUGACUAUAAUAUUUGAGUAAUUUAGAGUAUUUGUGAUUGGAGGUAUAAAUACUCAUUUUGUUUAUGAAUUAAAUGAUGAAGUACCUGCUCUGAAGGAGGUAACAUCAAUUCCUUCAUGCAGCGCUAAUAGAUGGGGCUUUGGAUAUGUUAUAUAAAAUAAUUAGCUGUUGUAUAUUUGCUCUGGUUAUAGUGAUUAACUAUUGACAGCCAACACGUUUUGCUAUAAUAUACAAACUUAGAAGUGGUAGAAAUUAAGCGAUUGCCAGAAGCCAGGUAUAGGUAGUACCUUAGUUUGCUAUAAUAAUUCAAGUAUUUUCAAAUUUGGAGGAGUUGAAAUUAAUAACAAACCUCUUAAUUGUGUUGAAGAAUUUAAGAAUAAUGAAUGGCAAUUAAUUAAUUUCAAAAAACCUCACUUUAUAUUACCUAACUUUAGUUUUGCUUAGUAGGUAAAUCCAACAUAGAUUUUUAUUGUUGGGGGGUACUUUGAUAAGGAGCAUAAUACAAAGGUUAUUGUAAUGAAUAUUGAUACAUAAGCUCAUCUAAUAGAUUCCAGAAAAGAUUAUACUUAUGUUGAAUUCGUAUUGAAUGAAUUUUUAGAUUAUGGGAAGUAUGGUCCUGUGGAAGCAAUGUAAAUAAGCAAUAACUAACUAUUUUUAUUAUAAAAAAAAAAUGAAAAAUAUCAAUACUUAACUGUGUAGGAUUAAUCUGUAUUUGUUGAGUUGAGAAAAAUACACAUGUGA